AUGGUGUUUAGGAUGGAUGUUAGGAUUGUAGAUUUAUAUAAGUAAAAUUGUAAAAAUAACUACUUAUCAAUUUGCUUAAAGUGUGAAGAAGGAUAUUAAAAUUAAGAAAACAAAUGUUUACCUUAUUGUGGAGAUAAAAUAAUUCUCAAAUAAUAUGAGGAUCGUGAUGAUGGCAAUGAACAACCAUAUGAUGGCUGUUUUCAAUGUAAGUUUUAAUGCAUUGAAGAUUGUAACAUAUGUGAUCGAGGAUAAUGCAUUUUUAAAUGUGAACAUGGAUAUAAAUUUGUUAAUAAUAAUUGUCAAUCAGUUUGUGGUGAUAAAAUUGUCACUAAAGAAGAGUAUUGUGAUGAUGGCAAUUUACAACCUUAAGAUGGUUGUUUUAAUUGCAAGUAUUCUUGCUCAGAAAAUUGUUAUGAUUGCUAUCAAGGUACUUGUUUAGAGUGCAAUAAUUAAUACUAAUUAUUAAUGUCAAAUUAAUUUAUGUAAUAAAUAAAUUGCGGAGAUGGAUUACUUUAGGAAUAAGAAGAGUGUGAUGAUGGAAAUUAUUAAGCAGUGGAUGGAUGCUUUAAUUGUUUAAUUGAAGAAAAUUGGAUAUGCAUUACUAUGACAAUAGACUCUCCUAGCUAAUGUACUUUUGUCAAAGCUCCAAAAUUAAUAAUUAAUUAUCUCAAUAUGACCUAAAAUAAGUAAUACAUAAGAAUAUCAUUUGAUUAAAGAGUAAAGAUAUAAACAACUUAACCCUUAUCAGAAACAAUAAAUCUUCAAUUAUUAAAUAUAGAAGAGAAGAAAUGGAAUAGUAGCUUAUAUAUAUUAUAGGAUGUUGGAUCAAAUGUGAAUUUUGGAGAAUUUAUUGCCUAAAUCGAAGUGUACUAAUUACUUGAAUUUAGGCCAGUCUUAAAAAUUUUAAUUAAUCAGACUGUUUCUAAUAUUGAUAAUGCUGUUGUGAAAAAUGUUGAAAAAUCGAUUUUAUUACAAUAUCCAACAUAUUUAGAUUAAACACAGAAGGAUUAUUCUAAAAGUUUGAAAAAUCUUAAUCAAAAUGUCAUUUACAGUUUGUCUGGAAUCACUGGUUUUAGUCUGCUAAUAGGUGAAUUGGAAUUAUUUUUUGAAGUUUUGUCAAUUCUUUAAUUUUAGCAAUACUUAAGAUAUAUCAAUCUAUAAUUUCAAGAAAAUCUAGUGAUUUAUUUUUCUUUUAAUGAUAUGAUAACAGUUUAACCUCUUUUGGUUUUUGUUUAAUUUUCUUAACUUUUGCAGCUUAUUGAUAUUGAAUAAAAUGAAGAAUAUACUCACGGAAAAUUUAGAUUUUAUAAAUAAAACAUAAGCUUGAUCAUCAACCUUUAAUGCCAAUUACUUUAAUUGUUAAUGUAUUUAUUAUUUAUUUUUUCAUUUUAAUGGUUAAAAAAAUUUGUGUACAAUUAGAUAUUUUGUUCGAGGUACUUUAAUUAUAUGUCAUUAUUUUCUUUACAUAUAUCUCCAAAAAUAGUUAUUAAGUUGAGUUAAUACUUUUAUAACAUUUGCAUAAAUUUACUAAAAUUGGAAAAAUAUAAUUCUUUUUCAGGAUUAUAAAAAGCCUUACUUAUAAAUGGUUGGGAUAUGAUAUUUAAAACAUUAUUGUACUUACGGCACAUUGAAACUAAAAAUUACAUAGAUAUUGAACAAAUUAUUAUAGUUAUCAUCAUACUAAUACUUUAUUUUAAAAUUUUCUCAGAUUGCUUUAAAUCUCAAUAAAAAUAAUCAAAAAACAACCUCUUACAACAGUUUGAAAUAGUAAGUUUUGUAAGAUAAUUUUUCUUUUUAUUAUUUUUAAUCUAUGUUGACAAAUCAGAGAUUCUUUAAAUAGAAUUGCUACUUUUAACAAGCUUAUUUUAGAUUACACUAAUAUAUAAUUAUCGUUUUAUUUUUAAUAAACAAUUAUAUUGUUUAGAUGGUGAUUGA